AUGCACGUGCCAAGUGAAGAACAAAGGUUGAAGCUAUGUAUUAACCAUAAAGGUACAUUUGUAAGUUUUCCUGUCAAAUGUUAUGUGGAGAGUUUAGUGUAUGAGAUGGAUUUCAAUGUUGAUGUUGAUUUUGUGAACUAUAAGGACAUUGAAAGUUUGGUAUUUAAUGUUGGGUAUACGAAGUUCAGUGGUAUACCAGAUGUAGUUGAGUUUUGUGAUGAAGGCCCUUUGGAUGGUGAUGUCAUUAAUGAAGUUCCUUUGGAUGAGGAUGUUAAUGAUGAUGUUCCUUUGGAUGGUGAUGUCAAUAAUGAAGUUCAUUUGGAUGAUGAUGAUGUUAGUAAUGUUGAGAAAGAAGGUACUAAUGGAGCCAAUUAUGAUGAAGGUAAUAAUAAGGAAGAUGUCAAUAUGGAAGGUACUAAUGGAGUAAGAAAUGAUGAAGAAGUUUAUAAGAAUUUUGGAGCUAAUUCUGAUAGUGAAGAAGACUGGGACUAUGUUCCAACUGAAGUUGGAAGUGAAAGUGAAACUCACUUUGAUAUACCUGUUGAAGGAGAAGAAUGGGAUUGGACACAUGAAUUUGAAAGUGAUGACGAAUUUUUUCACAAAAGGAAAUUCCCUACUUUCAAAGUGUAUGAUAAUGGUGAUCCUGUUAGGUUUGAGUUGGAUAUGCAGUUUGUCUCAAAAGAGCUCAUCAAAGAUGCUGUGAAGGAUCAUGAUAUGGAAACAAGGACUAACUUAUGGCUCAAGAAAAAUGAUGCAAUUAGAGUUGUUGUGAAAUGUCAAUUAAAUUGCCCAUUUCAUAUGUUAGUUGCUAAAAGGAGUGGAAGUCAAUAUUGGCUAGUGACAAGUUUGAAACCAAAUCAUGAAUGUGUUAGGUCUGUUGGCAAUAAACAAGCUAAAACUAAAUGGCUAGCAAAGAAGUUUAUUCCAUUGAUUAGGCACACUCCACAUAUCAAACCAAGUGGACUAGCUGAUGAGGCAUUUCUAAGGUGGAAUGUUAAGCUCAACCAUUUUCAAGCAUAUAGGGCAAAUAAGAGAGCAAUGGGGUUUAUAGAAGCUCAACCAUUUUCAAGCAUAUGGAAAGGUAUUAGCACCCUCACAUCCAUUGUACUUAACAAGACGCAUUUAGUUAGCUUUGCGAAAGAAUAUUAG